UCUUGACCCGGGUUUGUAGGUUUUUCAACCUGUGAAUGUCGAAUGCACGGAGAAUAUAAGUGAGUGUUGUAUAAAAACAUUUUAUCAAGUUUUAGUGAUAGAGCAGCAUCGGUAGGUUCCCGACGGCCUUGAAACAAUCGGUAGCUUGCCGAUUCCUCGGGAAGAGCCGAUUCUCUUUAUCCCUGUUCUCUCUCUCCAGAACCCCUAUUUCAUCCACACUCUGUAGUCACCACAGGUGAAAGGAUGAUUUGCCUACCAGAAAGGGCCGUGCCGAUCCCGCCAUUUCUCCACAUGGCAUACCUAAAUUUAUUCAGUCGAUGAGAUGUGAGAAAUUAGAAUGGGGCGGAAACCGUGCGGGGAUCGUCCUGGACCCUUGGUCUGGGGUGUGGAACAACAAGUCUUGGGAGUCUGAGCAGAAGCUUGUCGGAGGUUCAACAAAAUCCGACUUCUGACACCCCCUUACCUUCGUCGUCGUAUUUAUUGAGUCGACAUGUUGGUAUCUCCCGUUUUUUGGCAAUUUUGCGCGAAUUGUGGGUCAACAUGAGUUCGAAGACCGUGGAUAUAUCUGUCUCUUCCUGUUCACAAAUGGAGGUCGACCACCCCAAACAAAACCACGGGUACGAUGAUGCCAUCAAUAUAUUCAAUGGAGAGUCAGGCGACAUAGACGUUGAGUUCACGGACAAGGAAGCCUCUGUCGUCCGCUGGAAAAUUGACUUGAUCAUUGUCCCGAUGAUGACCGUGAGCUAUAUCCUUUCCUUCAUCGACAAAGGUAUUCUAUCCACUGCUGCCGUUUAUGGCCUCAGGACAGAUCUGGAUCUGAAGGGCCAACAGUAUAGUUGGACAUCGUCGAUCUUUUAUUUUGGGUUCCUUGUCUGGCAAUAUCCAAAUUCCAUCUUCAUGCAAAAGCUUCCUAUUGGCAAGUGGAUAGGAUCCAUGAUCUUCAUGUGGGGACUUUGUGUCGCGACAACGGCCGCCUCGACGAAUUUCGCAACGCUUGCCGUCAAUCGGUUUUUCUUGGGUCUCUUCGAGGCCUCCAACAAUCCUGCCUUCACACUCUUGGUCAGCCAAUACUUCACGAAGAAUGAGCAUGCCCUGCGCUCAUGUAUUUGGUGGGCUGGUGCACCCAUCGGCGCCUUUAUUGGUGAUGGUGUCUCGAACGGUAUCGGCCAUGUGCAUGGGAAGCUGUCCCAAUGGCAGUAUCUAUAUCUCAUCUUUGGCCCCAUCACCAUGCUGUGGGGGAUCAUAGUGUUUUUCACCAUGCCCUCCUCACCCAUGUCGGCAUGGUUCUUGACGCCUCGGGAGCGAAAAAUUGCUGUUGUUCGGGUGCUUCAAAAUCACGCGGGUCUUCACAACCGACAAUACAAAAUUUACCAAGUCAAAGAAGCCCUCCGGGAUCCUCAGGCGUGGAUGAUGUUUUCCAUAGUAUUCUUACAGUGUAUACCCGGAGGCGGCUUAAACGCGUUUAACAAGAUUAUUCUCACGGGUCUUGGUUUCUCCAGUGUCGAGUCCACUGUCGUUGCGAUGCCAGAACAUGCCGUUCAACUUGUCAGUGUGUUACUUGCGGGUAUUGUAUGCUCGUGGGUCGGUAAGGGCCGAUGCAUUGCCAUGAUCCUCAGCAAUGUAUGCGUUCUUGUGGGCAGUGUUCUAUUAUACACUCUGCCGACGGAUCGGAAAAUGUCUCGCUUGGGAGCUGUAUAUUCCCUUCUGACUUGUACAGUGUCCUACAUCAUGUGCAUGUCCAUGAUAUCGUCUAACAUCGCUGGGUUCACUAAAAAAAUGACCGUCAGUGUUAUGAUUUUUGUCGGCUACUGUGUGGGUCAAAUUAUCACACCACAAUUCUUCCUGUCGACGGAAGCACCGACCUAUCCUACCGGAUUCCGGGCCUAUUUCGUCACCUCGUCCAUGAUGAUCGCAGUCGAAGCUGCCCUAAUGUUCUAUCUGCUCAAUGAAAACAAGCGGCGGGAUAAACAUGCACUUGAGUUAGGGGUCUCCCAGAACACCAGUGAUCAUCGUAUUGUAGAGACGGAUCUCUUAGAUCUGACUGAUUGGGAACGACCUGAAUUUAGAUAUGCCUGGUAGUCUGAAAGUCAAUGUUCAGGAUUUAACAAAAGUCCGCAAUUUUUCGCCUUCGUUCAGUGUACCACACACAAUACCUUUCGCCAUUUGUUAGAUCGCACAACAUGGAAAGCACACAAGCGAACUAUGGGCUAUCUUAUGUUCUACCUAUUCUCCUACUGGGUGUGUAAUAUACAGGAUGACAUGACGGCACAGCCGACGAUCCUUAUGAUUAUGACUUGGUCGAACCACAUUCCCACACCCGUUUCUCAAUCCUUGGUGAGUUCAAGGCGCAUAUAUCUUGGAUCAUUCAAAGAAUUCCACUCCUAGGAGCAGCGGCAAGGUGUAAUGUUUCGGGGUGGUGAGCAUUCAGCCUGUGCGAUUUCAGUUACAUCAACAUUCGAAGCGUAGACAUACGAACAUCUCUCUCUUAAGAGACAAGAUGCAAAGCUGAAGGCCCCCAAGUAGGGGUUCAAAGAAGGUCACUGUGAUCUGGAGCA